AUGGUCGCCGAUCAUGCGGGUUAUGAGUUUGACAUCUGCUACACGUCUGUGCUGAAGCGUGCCAUCAGGACCCUGUGGCUGGUGCUGGACAGCAUCGAUCAGAUGUGGCUGCCCGUGCAUCGCACCUGGCGUCUGAACGAGCGCCACUACGGCGGCCUGACGGGCCUCAACAAAGCCGAGACAGCGGCCAAACACGGCGAGGCGCAGGUGAAGAUCUGGAGACGCUCCUACGACACCCCACCUCCACCCAUGGACCCCGAGCACGACUUCUACUCCGCCAUCAGCAAGGACCGUCGCUACGGCGACCUGACAGAGGACCAGCUGCCCUCGUGCGAGAGCCUGAAGGACACUAUCGCUCGAGCGCUGCCGUUCUGGAACGAGGAAAUCGUUCCUCAGAUCAAGGAGGGCAAGAGGGUCCUCAUCGCCGCUCACGGCAACAGCCUGCGAGGAAUCGUCAAACACCUGGAGGGUAUGUCAGAGGAGGCGAUUAUGGAGCUGAAUCUGCCCACAGGAAUCCCCGUCCUUUAUGAGCUGGACAAGAACCUGAAGCCCGUGAAGCCCAUGCAGUUCCUGGGGGAUGAAGAGACGGUCCGCAAAGCCAUGGAGGCCGUCGCCGCUCAGGGCAAAGCCAAGAAGUAGACCUCAAUUCACACAAUCCUCCUCAAAAACGCAAUCAGUGUUUGACCAUGAGCCUAGAACCAAACCACUGACCAAUAAUUCAUUUCCUAAUGCUCUGAAUCGGGACCAUCCUUAUAAUAAAAUUCAAUUGAAACUG